CCUCACACAAGUCUCCAGCAUGGCUCAGUUCAACAUCACCCUCAAGAAGGACGCUCCCAAGGAGGAGCUCGAGGCAGCAAAGAAGCACGUCACCGACCAGGGCGGCAAGAUCGUCAACGAGUUCACCCUCAUCAAGGGCUUCACUGCUGAGAUCCCUGACGACGCCGUCUCAACCCUCGAGUCCAACGAGCACGUCACCGUCGAGAAGGACGCCGAGGUCCGUACGCAAUAGGUCGUCUACACAGCCACCGCUGAUGGGUACCACAAAGAUCCAAAUGUAAUACCGUGAGUGACGAUGCGGGGGCAUGAUGCAUGAGCACAUGAUUUCAUGGGUAUAUAGCGAUAAUUGACAGCCGUGCCGAUAACUUGUCUUCUCCUCC